AUGAUAUUUGCACCAUUCACGGGGAAGGAUAACCAUGGCGGUUGCGUUACAUUUGCAGCUGGGUUACUAACGAGGGAAGAUGUGAGUUCAUACUCUUGGAUCCUCAAACAAUUUGUAGACUGCAUGGGUCACACUCCAACUAUGUUGAUAACAGACCAAGAUCCGGCACUAAAGAUUGCCGUUGAGAAUGUUAUGCCGGCCACAAGACACAGAUUCUGCAUGUGGCACAUAAUGAUGAAGGUGGCUAAGAAGCUUCCAAUUUCUCUUCAGGAUAAUGCUGAGUUGACGAGCAAUUUAUAUGAAGUUGCGUGGUCGGAGAUCGACGAGCCUAGUGCAUUUGAAGAGAAGUGGACAGAGGUUAUAAAUGAAUAUGGUUUGGCAGACCAUUCUUGGUUUUCAGAUAUGUUUUCUCUGCGCAAGUACUGGAUUCCAGCAUAUUUCCGUGAUUUAAGAAUGAGCGGCCUAUUUAGAACGACGUCGAUGUCGAAAAGCGAGAAUAGUUUCUUUCGUAAGUACUUGAAUUGGCAUUCUAACUUGGCCGCAUUCUACAUCCACUACGAAAGUGCAAUGCAGGCUCAGAGGCACUCCUACAAACAGCUGUGCAUGAUCGACCAAACAACCACUCCUAAAUUGAAGACAAACAAGCCCAUAGAGCAGCACGCAAGUCGCAUCUAUACCUCGAAGAUUUUUUUGGAAGUACAGGUUGAAAUCGUUGAGGCAUUCAACCGUUGCCGCACAAGAUCCAUGGAUACAGGACAUGAAGAACAUAGAUAUGCAGUUGAUGAUCGAUCCAGUGGUGUUUUCAAUGUUGCUCAUAAUACGUUAUCGGACACCAUAGAUUGCUCAUGCAAACAUUUCUUGAAGAAGGGAUUGGUAUGCAGGCAUAUGUUUGUGGUUAUGCAUAACAUUGGUCUCAAUGCUAUUCCUCAAAAGUACAUUCUUGGAAGAUGGAUGCAGAAUGCAGGAGUAGGUGUGAUGUCUAAUACUCAGACACAAGCAUCCAAUAAGCCUUUAAUGUCUGAGGCGUUUAGGUGCAUUGCAAUUGCUGAUGGGAAUGAGGCUUUAUCUGUGUCCCUAAUAGCUGAACUCAAGAGAUGGGCAGACGCGAAUCAACCUCAAUCUUCAACGUCUGUAAAUGCCAAGGAAAGAAUGUUCCAAACAUUUUAUGGUGCCAAACUGCCCACGAAAAUAACUAUUCAUCCUCCUGAUCAUGUUAAGACCAAAGGUAGUGGCAAGCGGCUUAAGUCAACCUAUGAGAAAGAGCUUGAGAAGGCCAAGAAACCGAGGAGACGGUGCCAGAAGUGUGGCUUUAUGGUGCGUCACGACUCGCGUAAUUGUGGCAAAGUAGUCGAGGAGGACAGUGAAGAGGAGUAA